ACACAUGGGAAAAGCACCAUGUUCCACCUUCCUCACUCACCUGCUGCCCAAACUCUUGUCCACAAUGGACACGGCAGAGAUCGGCACCAUGUGAUUGAACGUGUGCGGCGUAUUACCGAGUUACUCAUCCAAACAUCUCUUCGGGGAGCAUGUGCACGUUGCCGAAACUCAAUGGGCCCGUCGGUUGUACACGCGUCAGAUGGGUCAAACGUUAAAACUGCAGGUACCGAGGAGCUCUGUACCAUUGCCAGCCCUUCAACAGGCCGAACCAAAUAUCAAAACAAGCGGUCAGUCGAGAUUCUUUGCAGAGGUGUAAUCAUCUUACAGCUUCAUACCGCGCAGAACCCACAUGGCGUAUCGGGAAAGUGUACACAUGGGGAAGUAUGCAGCAAAACUUGCAUAAAAGCUCCUUCGCGGCCGCGCGCUCCUCUGCCACUGGUAGCGAAACUGGCAAGACCGGAACCCCCGCCACAAGGGAUAAGGCAGCUGUAGUCC